GAGAUGGAAAAACAGGGAAGGUUGGUGGUUGAAAAAGUGGGAGGAAGGUCAACUGUGACAAGGAGCUUCUCAAAGUACCCUCUCAAAUUCAUUAUACCCAGAAAGGUGGGUUCUUCUAAAGCUGAUGCUGUUUGGGUUUACACCCUCACCUAUGGUGGUGGCAUUGUCACUGGGGAUUCUAUUUCUUGUGAAUUCACCAUUGGAGAUGGUUGCACCACUGUCAUAACAACCCAAGCUUCCACCAAGGUAUACAAGUCUCUGGGAGCCAAGUGCUCUGAACAAGUCAUGGAGGCAAGAGUUGGGAGCAAUGCUCUUUUGGCUGUAAUUCCAGAUCCUGUGACAUGUUUUUCCACAGCAAGAUACUCCCAGAAACAAAUCUUUAGGGUUGCCUCUGACUCAAGUUUGGUCCUUGUUGAUUGGAUUACCAGUGGGCGUCAUGAAAGUGGAGAAAAAUGGGAUUUUGAUCUUUAUAAGAGUGCAAACCACAUCUUUAUAGGAGAUGAGCCUUUGUUUCUCGACAUGGUGCACCUGGAGAAUGGAAGUAUUUCUUCAAUUGCAGAACGCAUGCAGGAUUAUCAAGUCAAUGCUAUGGUUGUCCUGUUGGGGCCAAAGAUCAAGCACAUUAAAGACUUAGUUCAAGAGAAUGUGAAAAGGAUGAUGGCUGAGCAAUUACACAAUCAUUCCACUGCUUCAGGUCGCCAACAGAAAAUAAAUUCUGAUUAUCGCCUCACCAAACCAAGCUUUAUUGCUUCUUCAAGUAUUUUUGGCCCUAAGGGAAUAGGGGUUGUUGUUCGUAUAGCUGCCACAACAACCGAAUCAGUUUACAAGUUCCUGCAGCAUCAAUUGGCCGGCAUGGAGCCACUGCUUGGUGUAUCACCAUAUCACUAAACCUGCAUAUGCAGAAUGUUUUGUCUCGUGAAAGGAAUCCCAUAGGCUGUGAUUUUGUUGUGACCAUGAACUGAUUCUAUGACCCUUAAACUAGUUUUUUUUUUAUAUUUGGCUCUUUCACUUGUUUCCCCCACCUACGAUCAACCUUACUAUCACCAGAAAAUUGCUUAGCUGCAUGGAAGUUGGAAAUCUAAUUAUUUCAUAGCAAAUGUUCUGUGAUAUGCCUGUAUUAUCCGGAAACGGAUGUGACUGUGAUCUGAGUAGGAAGUACACAAGGAAAAAUAAUGUUCUGUAGUG